AUGGGUAAAGUUCACGGAUCUCUCGCCCGUGCCGGCAAGGUCAAGUCUCAGACUCCCAAGGUCGAGAAGCAAGAGAAGACCAAGGUCCCCAAGGGCCGUGCUCUCAAGCGCCUCAAGUACACCCGUCGAUUCGUCAACGUUACCCUCACCGGUGGCAAGAGAAAGAUGAACCCCAACCCCGGCUCUUAA